CUAGUUUUAAGUAUAAAUAAUAUCAGACCAUAAAGGGCAAAAGAUACAACUAGCACAUUUCUGCAACGAUGGGACGAGUCCAUAUUUUGGUUCUGGCAGCUGUUGUAUCAAUACUGACAACAGGGACUACAGCGUAUCUACCAGAGGUGUCCGCUCUAGAGUAUGGAAACAUCAGUUCCACACCAGCUCCUGUCUACUGCGAUAGACAAUAUUCAUGUCUAGACUGUUCCACGUCCAGGGUGUGCGCCCCCACUGACGAUGGCACCAGACUGUACGAAGUAGACCGGGUCACUUGCCCGACGACCGCCCCCGUCUGUGAUUACGCUACCGGAACCUGCACUGACAGUUCGUAUGCUACAUGCCACAUUCCUCCUACAGAAGCGAACAAUAUCUGCAUGAGAGACGGAAUAUUCCCAGACCCUAAAAACUGUUCCAGAUAUUUUACAUGUAAAGGAGAUCAAGCUACGACGUAUUCUUGUCCUCUAAGCCAACCUUACUAUAGUUUUCUAUUUGGAUAUUGCUACAGUUAUAGUGGUUAUUGUCUAAAUGGUACUAACCGUUGUCAAGGGAAAAGUGGGGCGAAAGUUUCUGCCGGCUGGAAUUCUAACGGCUACUACAAUUACUUUUUAUACUGCGAAAACAACGCAACCGUUGCAGUUGACCGGUGUAUAGGGGCAAACUAUUUUUAUGAUUACUACCAAAGAUGUGUCCCCUCUUGCCCAUUUGUAGGUCUAUACCCCAGCCAGGACAGCUGCACCGAAUAUUACAAGUGUACCUCUAACAACCCGCAAUGCUACUCCUGCGAUAGCUACACUAUGACCAACAUGACUUGUCCCCCAGGGCAAGGUUUCUCAGAGACAGAGUUUCAAUGUAUCGAUCGCUCUCUGGUCCCCAACUGCAACGUCCCUAAUUCUGACUUUUUCAAUAAGCGUUAAGAUACAUCGGACUUUUAUAUUUGUAUAGUAUUUCCUCCUUAAAAUGCUUCAUAGCUGAUAUUUAGAUAGAGGGAUAUGGUUUUUAUAGCUUUUGCGAUAGGACAGACCUAGAAAAAGGAGGGCAUAUUUUAUUGAAUUGUAUAAUUAGGGUAGUUCUUUUUAUCUUAAGGCCAAUUAUUUAAAUAAGUAAUGAUUUUUAACUUCUCUGUUCACAAAACUGAAAAGUUAAGUCACAUGUUUAUCAAGUAACAUCCAAAGAGUCAUGUUUGAAACCAUUCAGUAUCACUUUUCCAAAUGCUGCAGGGCCAAAGUGACUAUUUUAUGCCUAGCUGC